AUUACUACAUUUUCUUUCCCGUAGAUAUUUGUGUAAAGUCGAACAUUCUUCCGCUAACCUUUAAGAUUGUCCAGCGCGAAUAGUCACAUUCUCAUUUUUUUUCUGAGAGAUAAGUUGUCAGACACUUAAGUUUUUUUUCAACCAGUUUUGAAUAAGGAAAUAAUCUUGCUAACGUUAUGUAGCAAGCUAAUCUCAUUUAUCUGUCGGAAACUCAACUUUCAUUCGCCAGCGUUACACAGCCGCACGGACAGGUAUGACUGAGUAUAAACUUGUGGUGGUCGGGGCUGGAGGUGUGGGGAAGAGCGCUCUCACCAUCCAGCUGAUCCAGAACCACUUUGUGGACGAAUAUGAUCCCACUAUCGAGGACUCCUACAGAAAGCAGGUGGUGAUUGACGGGGAGACAUGUCUGCUGGACAUCCUGGACACUGCAGGUCAGGAGGAGUACAGCGCCAUGAGGGACCAGUACAUGAGGACUGGAGAGGGUUUCCUCUGUGUGUUUGCCAUCAACAACACAAAGUCCUUUGAGGAUGUUCAUCUUUACAGAGAGCAGAUCAACCGGGUGAAGGACAGUGACAGUGUUCCCAUGGUGCUGGUGGGGAACAAGAGCGAUCUAAGCUCCCGCACGGUGGAGACAAAGACGGCCCAGGAUCUGGCGCGGAAUUACGGCGUGCCGUUCGUUGAGACUUCAGCUAAAACCAGACAGGGUGUAGAAGAAGCCUUCUAUUCACUAGUGCGGGAGAUAAGAAGAUACAAGGAGACCAACCGCAGCAACAAGAAGAGCAAGAAAAGCAAUCCGAGACGCUGCAUUAUACUAUAGCAUACCGAAACGUCUACUGCCAGCAUCCCUGAGAGCACUUGUAUCUAACUGCCCCCUCCUGACUCGCACACUGCCCCUCAACACGGAGGCGUCAGUGAAAAUGGAAUCGAUUUUCAUUGUUGCAACUGUUGCCCAGUCGCCAUGUUUGUCAUUUUCAUCUGCUUAAGGAUUUCACUGUAAACUGUGCAGAACUGCACUUUGCACAAUAAUAUGGGGGGAGGAGCUCAGUCUGCGAUCGCAUUAAUUACUUUGACUUUUUUUUUUAUCAUACUUAAGUGUUUGUAUUGCAAGAGAACAAAUAAAUUCAGUAUAUUUUGUAAUGGGAGGACAUUUGCUCAGGUUAGGUUGUUCCAUUCGUUUCAGAAAUGUAGCUAUCACAUCUUUAUAACAGAUCUUUGUACCCUCUGAAACAUAACAGCAGUACAUCCUUCUAGUGAGUUUGUUUCCCGGGUUCACUUUAUACACUUCAGUUUAUUAGAAUGAAUUUGUGCCACUUUCAAAGUUUACUCAGGA